UUCUUUCUCAAAGUGUGAUGUAUAUUAAACAAUUUAUGUGAGUCAUUCAAUAGUGUACUCCUACAUGUAAGAGACAAGCAUAUUUGGACAAUGCUUGAAUCAAUUAGGAUCUAUAUGAUGUCCAGACUUCAAAAGAACAGAGAUAAGAUGAUGAAACAGCGUCACAGAAUCUGUCCAAAAAUCUUAUUGAAGCUGGAGCAAAAUAAGGAUAAAGCUGCUGAAUGUAUUGCCACUAAAUCUGACCAAUUCCACUACCAGGUUGAGGAUAUCUAUCUUAGACUAUUCUCUGUUGAUCUUAAGGAGAAGACAUGUUCUUGCAGGAGAUAGGACUUAACAGGAAUACCUUGUAAUCAUGCGAUUGCAGCUAUAUGGGUUAAGAAGGAUGAGCCGGAAAUGUAUGUUCAUGAAUGCUACACAGUUGAGCAGUACAUGAAGAGUUAUAAUCCAUCUAUCUUGCCAAUUGUUAGCUUUGAGCAAUGGCCUAAGACAGGGAUUGAACCACCACUGCCACCCAUAUACAAAACACAACCAGGUAGACCAACAAAACCAAGAAAGAGAGGGGUUGAUGAGACAACUCAAAAAGAAUCAGAUUCCAGAAAGCUUACCUUGUUAAAAGCAUCAAGAAAAGGAAAGAAAAAGAAGUGCGGAUCAUGUGGAAGAUUAGGGCAUAAUAGCAUAAAAUGCCCUAUUCUUAUGGGAAGCAACCACUCUGAAGUUCAACAGCAACAAGUUCAUCAGGAAGUCGAAAAGGAAGGCCCUUCUGCACCUGGUAAUGCAACAGAAGUUUCAAGCACCAUUUUUGAGAGUGCAGCAUCAAUGCAUUCCAAUUCCUCAUUUGUAACUGAACAAAUAGUCAAUCAACUUAACCAGCCAAAGGUACCUCAACAACAAUUGAGAAGUUCUGCAUUCAUUUUAGAAGAAAUUGGUGAGCAUUCCAGAGAAGAUACAAGGUCACUCUUCAUCGAGAGAAUGGGAAAACAAUACGUCCCACUGUCAAGAUUACAAGAAGCGCUUUCUCAAAGUAGCAAGAGAGUAAGAAGUGGCCAAUCAUGCUUUAGCGACAUUUAA